GGUGGGGUGGGGCCAGAAAACAUUACAAUGGAGCUGGGAUGGAGGAGGUGUGCCUUUAUUUCAGAUUGUGUCAUUUGAGCAGAGUCUCCCGAAACUGCAGCUGACAGAACGCAGGCUGUGUUAGAUCCCCUGGGUUGUUAAGCUGGCACACCCCGGAGAGUAGGCAACAGAGCCGGCGAGAGAAGCAGCAAAGAGGGGAGGAAACCCCACGCUCAGCCCGUCUUAUCCCUUCAACUUUGGCGUUUGCGGUGGUGAUUGUAACCGGAGGAGGAAGAGCUAGGAGAAACCCCUGAGGGAAAAGAACGAAAGGAGAGGCGAGAAACUCAAUCGAAAAAGGGGUAGCAGUGCGAGUGAAACACCCCCGCACAUGCAAACGCGAAGGCCCAAGGAAGAGGAGAAAAAGGCUGGACCUCGGCAACCUGCUGCUGGGAUUUAGACAAAAGAGGUUUGAGAGAGGCGGGAUCAGAUUCUAAUAUCAGCCUGAGCAGAGAGCCAGCAGCCGGGCUCCGGAAGAUGAAGCGGCCGGAAUUCACAGUGGCUGGAGCAUGUACCAUGGUGAAAGCUCCCAGGGAAAAGUAAGUCUGGGAAGAGACUUGCAGAGCUUGACCAGCUCUGACAUCUCGCCCCUCUUUAAGGCAUGCCUCCGUCCAUGCGUUACCUCUUCAUAGUCUCUGUGACUACUGUUAUCGUUUUUAUUGUGCUCUACGUGUUAAGUUUUGGGGGAGAUCAAAGCUACCAGAAGCUGAACAUCUCAGACUCCGUGAUGCUGACUCAGGUGUGCACAUCCUUUAUCAACGGGAGAAGCCCUUUCCCGUGGAGAAACAAACUAACGAUCCACGAGAAACCUUCUUGCGCAGAAUAUGUGACCCAAAGCCACUAUAUCACAGCCCCUUUAUCUCAGGAAGAGGUCGAAUUUCCUUUGGCGUAUGUCAUGGUUAUCCAUCACAAUUUUGACACCUUUGCAAGGCUCUUCAGGGCUAUCUUCAUGCCUCAGAAUGUCUACUGUGUUCAUGUGGACGAAAAGGCAACCGCUGAAUUCAAAGGCGCAGUGGAACAGUUAGUGAGCUGUUUCCCCAAUGCCUUUAUGGCCUCGAAGAUGGAGCCUGUGGUCUAUGGUGGGAUCUCCCGGCUCCAGGCUGACCUGAACUGCAUCAAGGAUCUGUCCACCUCCGAGGUUCCCUGGAAAUACGCCAUCAACACCUGUGGGCAGGACUUCCCCCUGAAAACCAACAAGGAAAUAGUUCAGUACCUGAAAGGGCUUAAGGGGAAGAACCUCACUCCAGGGGUCCUGCCUCCAGCUCACGCAAUUGGAAGGACCAAGUUCGUCCACCGGGAACACCUGAGCAAAGAGCUUUCCUAUGUGAUCAGAACCACCGCCCUGAAGCCUCCACCUCCCCACAACCUCACCAUUUACUUUGGCUCUGCCUACGUGGCUCUAUCAAGAGAGUUUGUCAACUUUGUUCUCCAUGACCCCCGGGCGGUUGAUUUGCUCCAUUGGUCCAAAGACACGUUCAGUCCUGAUGAGCACUUCUGGGUGACGCUCAAUAGGAUUCCAGGAGUCCCCGGCGCCAUGCCAAACGCAUCCUGGACGGGCAACCUCAGAGCCGUAAAGUGGAUGGAUAUGGAAGAUAAGCAUGGAGGCUGCCAUGGUCACUAUGUACAUGACAUUUGCAUCUAUGGAAACGGAGACUUAAAAUGGCUAAUAAAUUCAGAAAGCCUAUUUGCUAACAAAUUUGAGCUCAACACGUACCCUCUCACCGUGGAAUGCCUGGAACUGCGGCUUCGAGAGAGAACCUUAAACCAGAGUGAAACCGCCAUACAUCCCAGCUGGUAUUUUUGAUAUGCAGCAGCUCUGGCCUAAAGGGAAACCCAAGGCAUAAAGAGGAGCCUUUCUCUCCAAGAGACUCUUGCCCUGGCUGUGCUGAAGGCAUCAAAACCUGCUUUCAGGAAAACGUCAGGACCUGGCUUCACGACUAUGCUUAAAAUAUCCACUGGACACUGUGAUCCAUUGACAGGAUGGCUCUGUGCAGCUGUCCCGCCAUUUUUAGCUAGUC